CUCGAGUCGCUGUCGAAGCGCCUGGACCACGACUUCGACGACCUCGACCACCUCGAGGCGGCGCUGACGCACCCGUCGACCGGCGCGCACGCGUCGACGGGGCGCUUCGAGCGCCUCGAGUUCCUGGGCGACCGCGUGCUCGGCCUCGUCGUCGCCGAGUGGCUCCACGACCACUACCCGGACGAGGACGAGGGCGAGUCGCAGAUCCGCCACUCGGGCCUCGUGCGCACCGAGGCGCUCGUCGCCGUCGCGGGCGGCCUGAGGCUCGACGGCCACGUCCGGGCCAAGUCGCACGGCCUCUGGGUCUCGCGCUCGAACUCCAACGACACCAUGGUCGCCGACGCCCUCGAGGCCAUCGUCGGCGCCGUCUUCGUGGACGGCGGCUACGCGGCGUCCAAGCGCGUCGUCCUCAAGGCCUGGGCGCCGCUCCUCGCGAAGGCCGACGCGACGCCGCCGCUCCGCGACCCGAAGACGCGGCUCCAGGAGCACGCCCAGAAGCACAAGCGGCCCCUCCCGACCUACGAGACCAUCCGCAAGACCGGCCCGGACCACGACCCGACCAUCACCGUCCAGGCCCACUACGGCGACCGGACCGCGAACGCGACGGCCAAGGGCAUGCACCCGAGCAAGCGCGCCGCGAGCAUGGCCGCGGCCAAGAUCCUCGCCGAGCUCGAGGCCGAG